AUGGGCAACGAAUCCAAUGUGGUCUGUGAGGCAAAUGCCCCCUCGAUCGAGCCUCCUUCGAAAGGCAAGACAGUGACAAAGAAAUACGCCGAUGUAACUCUUCGUCUCAUUGAAGAGCACGGGGAUCAUGCUGAGCCUCUGUCUCCCGAAGAAGAGAAAAAAGUCCGAAGAAAGCUAUAUCUGCGGCUGGUGGGGUUGCUUUCGACUAUCAACAUCAUGCUCUUUAUCGAUAAAUCUACUUUGGGCUAUGCAGCAAUCCUCGGGCUUUUCGAAGAGACUGGCAUCUCACAGGCUCAGUACAAUAACUUGAACACAAUGUUCUACUUCAUUGCUGGUAUUAUCUUCACAUGGUCUAUCGUCAUCUUCCUCCAUUGUGUCGCAACCCGAUAUGCAGGACUCAUUGUACUUCGACUUGCCUUGGGUGCAGCUGAAGGAGUAGUUGUUCCUGCGCUCGAGAUGACCAUUGGUAUGUUUUUCAAUCGAGCUGAACAAUCAUUCCUGCAGCCCAUCCUUUGGAUUACCUGUCAAGGUGCACCGAUUGUUACAGGAUUUAUUGCGUAUGGUCUCCUUUGGACCAGUGGGCCGGUUCUGCCCUGGAAGCUGCUCCAUAUCGUUACUGGAGGUAUCACUUUCAUCCUCUCCAUCUGGGUCUGGUUCGACUACCCCAGUAACCCUGCCGAGGCUAGGUUUUUGACGCUCCAAGAGAAGAUCCAUAUCAUUAAGCGUGUUCAACAAUCACAGCAAAGCUCAAUUGAGCAAAAGCAAUUCAAGAGAUCGCAGUUCAUCGAAACCCUGAAAGAUCCGGUGUCUUGGUUAUUCGCACUACAGGCUUUCACCCUCAUGUACUGCAACAAUCUCACCUAUGGUCAAAAGAACCUCCUCGUCACAUCGCUCGGUGUUACUCCACUUGAGUCUACUCUUGUUGCAGUGGCCGGGGGCGGCUUCGGCAUCGUCAACUGUGUCAUCGCGGCAUUUGCCCUAUGGAAAUACCCUAGGAACUUGGCGUUGCACUGCACUCUUUGGUGCAUACCUGCUAUUGCCGGUGGUAUCGGGAUGGUGACAGUACCCUGGGACCGAACCAUAGGUCUCCUUGCCUGCAUGUUCUUGGCUGCUCACACCUAUGGCGUCGCAUACAUCAUAGCUCUUGGGUGGACCAACUCUUCAGCUGCAGGCUAUACUAAAAAGCUGACAAGAAAUGUCAUGUUCAUGAUUGGUUACAGUGCUGGAAACCUAGUAUCGCCCCAGAUCUGGGUUGCAUCAGCUAAACCAAGAUUCUACGGAGCUUGGUCCUCGAUGAUCGUCAUCAGUUGGUUCGGAACACCUGUCAUUUUGUGGAUUAUUCACUUCAUUCUGGCUCGGAGGAACGAAAUCCGAAAGGAGAGGAUCAAUGCCGCUGGUGAAAACGAUGGUUAUCACUACGUUGAACAGCUUGACGAGGGUGGCAGAUUGGUCAAAGUCAAGGUUGAAGUUGCCAUGUUGGAUUUGACGGAUCUGGAGAAUGAGAGUUUCAUCUAUCCGCUGUAG